GGGGAGGCGUCCCUGUGGGUGCGGAGGUGGGGGGAACCCGGCUGCUUGCGGGGCUGUUGUUCCUGGCAGUGGCUCUGUCCUGCCAGGCCCCUGGGGUGGCUGGUGGCUCCCUGGGGGUGUCACCAACACCCCUUACACACACUGUGCUGGCACCCCGGGGUCACCCCACGGCGCUUGGCUGGGCCCCACCGGGGCGGGCGGCAAGGCUGGGCCUCCGCGGCUCCUCCCUGGGCUUCGGCAACUGCCCUUCGCUUCCCGGCACCACCGUCGCUCCUCCUCCGUGUCCCCCACCUGCGUGCAAGGCCUGGUCCCAGCUCCAUCCCACGGAGCGGCACCCGAGGGACAGACCCUCUUUCCUGGGAGCAUUUGGGGACAGUGGCACUGAUGGCAGGAAGGUUGGCCCGGUCGCCGCUGGGUUGGUCUGGCCUGUUCCAGCCGCAGCGUGCCGAGCUGUGCCAUACCGUGCCAACACGGAGGAUCGCCCCGCUCCUGGGGGGCUGGCAGGGAGCCCGGCACGCUGGGGCCCUGCGGUGGGUGGUGGCGGGGGAGCGUGGCCUCCCCAGGGACACGGUGCAGUGCCGGGCCAGCUGCGGUUUGCCAGGAGGAAGCGCCCUUCCCCUCCGUGCGGAAACAGCCCCGUUCUGGCGUGGCUGUGCUGCGCCCCGGAUGUGCUGCUCCGGCACGGAGAUAGACAGGGCGUCCCCUGGGCCCUCUGGCAGAGCCAGUGCAGCCCCACGGCUGCCACCAGCAGUGGGUCUGGUGUCACUGGGUCCCCACAUCCUCAGCGCCUGGAUUCCUUUGUCCCUGUGUUCCAUGUGUGUCCCCAUGUUCCCUACAUCCCCAGGUCCCUAAGUCCCUGCCUCAUGAUAUGUCCAUGUCCUCAGAUCCCCUUGUUCUGAAGUCCCCACAUCUCCUUGUUUCCAAGUCCCCACACCUCUAUGUCCCUAGAUUGCUUUGUCCCCAAGUCCUCACACCUCCAUGUCCACAGAUCCCCAUGUCCCCACAUUUCAGUGUGCCUAGAUCCCCUUGUCCCCAUGUUCCCACAUGUCCAUGACCCCAGAUCCCUAUGUCCCCACAUCUCCAAGUCCCCAGAUCUCCACAUCUCAAUGUCACCAGAUCCCCAUGUUCCCACACCUCCAUGUCACCUGAUCCACUUGUCCCCAAGUCCCCGCAUCUCCUUGUCCCCACGCCCCCACCCGACCCCUUGUCCUCCCCGGGGUGAUGCAGGCAGGGGCAGCUCCCGGUGCCUGCCGUGGUGUUAUGAUCCGGGGGGCUCAGGGGAAACUGAGGCACGGGGUGGGCAGGGGGAUCCUCGCGCGGUCCCGGGGGUUCGGCGCUGCCCGGUACCGGCAGGGGGCGCCGCGGGCGGGGUCGCCCCCGCCUCCCCCGGGGCGGAUAAAGGCGGCGGCGGCAUGGCCGGGGCUGCGCUCCGCCUGCUGCUAUGCUGCGCCUCUGCCCUGGCUGCAGGUACCGGGGAACCGGAGGAGGAUGAGGGGUACCGGGGAACCGGAGGAGGAUGAGGGGCACCGGGGGGGCCUCGGGGAGACCGAGCGAUGAGGGUCACCGGGGACCGGGGAGGCUCCGUGGAACCGGGGAGACCGGGCAAUGAGGGGCACCGGGGAGGCUCCGUGCACCCCGGGGGUCCCCAUAGGGUCCUUGGAGGUACUUGGGGGUCUAUGCACCCCGCAGUACCGGCGGGGUAAGGGCGGGGUGUCUGUGUGCUCCCCCGCGCUCUGUACUGACGGGAUCAGUGUGCUCUAGGGCCACCAGGUGCUGGGGGGGGCUCCAUGUGCCCCCCACCCCGGGGCUGGGGACCACCGGGGGGGGGUCCUGCUUACUACGUCUGGCCCCGGGGGUUGCAGCAGGGCUGCAUCCAGCUCUGUCUGGGGCAGCUGGGGACCCGUGGCAUGGGGGUGGGCUGCACUCACUCCCCUGGGGUCCUGGGAGGCUGUUGAAGAUGGUCUCCACGGGGGCUCAUCAGGCUGGAGACGAGCACCCUGCCCCUCCCACAGCUGGCUGCACUGUGGGGCAGGAUGCGGCCCCGGUGCUGCCAAACCGGCUGGGCUGGCUGGCACUUGCGGUGGCAUGGGUGCUCCGGCACCACCACAGCACUCCGGGGGCAAAGGGCCACCGGUACCCUGUGCUGCUGUGGGCUGUGCUGUGCUGUGGUCCCCCUGUUUCCAGCCUGGGCCCCCAGCAGCCCCCCCCCACACCCCAGGGUCCCUCAGCUCACCCCUCUCAUCUCGGAAGCUGGUACCCAACCCUGGGCUUGCCACCAUCCCAGCAUAGGGUGGCAGCUGGGUGGGAAUGGCCCAUCCCAGUGGGCCCAGUAGCUGUGGGGACCCCCAGUACCUAGCCACGCCGGUCCCCCCGGAUGCUGGCACUGGGUGCUGGCUCUGCCGUGGGACAUUUUCCUCCUGUGUUGCCUGUGGGGCUGGGCUGGACCUGCUCCUCCUCUUGUGCAAACAGGACUUUGGCGGGUAAUGGCACUGCCAGUGCUGCCCAGCAAACACUGCUACAUUCCAUGUGACCACGGCAGAGCCCCCUCAUGGGCUGGCCCAGGGGUGUCCGGUAGGUGCCACGAAGCCUGGGCAGGUGUGUAUCCCUGUACCGUGGCAUAUGCCCCCCCCCCCCCCCCCCCCCCUUUGCUUGUCCCCAUGGCACUGUGCCUGUGCUGUGACAUCUUGGGAGGCUCUUCCCAAGCCUCGAUUUCUAGGAUCCAAUAUUGCCUAAAUCCUGGUCUUCUGGCCCUCUGUGUAUGGGGAAACCACCUAGAAAAUGAGCAAUGAGGCCAGGAGCUGGGGCAGGUGCUACUGCCCUUCCCGGGGCUCUGCCUGUCCCUGCCAGGGCCCUGCCACGUCCUUGCUGACCAGCUUUCUCCUCCAUGCUUUAGAGACAGGACAGGGUGUCAAUAUGAGCAGCACAGUGUCUCUACCCAGCUCAGGGACAGCCGUGCCACUGUCUCCAUCCAGCACAUCCACAGCCGCCAGCUCAGGGACACUCAACAUGUCUCCAUCCAGCUCUGACUCGGGGACGGCCAAUGUGCCUUCAUCCAGGCCGGCCACAGCGUUGUCUCCAUCCAGCAAAGCAAGCGCAGAGACACCUACAACACCGCCUCCUGACCGAGUCACGGGAACACCUCCACCCAGGACACCAGGCUCAGCAGCACCUACGUCUCCACCUGACCCAACUGCGGCAGUGUCUCUGUCCAGGACACUGGACUCAGUGGUGCCCAUGACGCAUUUAUCCAACACAACUGCAACACCUACAUCUUCAUCCAACCCAGCCACGGCAUCAUCUCCCUCCAACAUAAACAGCUCACCAGCAACUAUGACACCUACGACAUCUGUAUCCAACAUGACCAUGGCACCAUCUCCAUUCAGGACACUGGGCUCAGCAGCAGCAACAUCUCCAUCCAACAGGACCACGGCACCGUCUCCGUCCCACCCAGCUGUGCCCAGCUCCCUGCCCACAGGACAUCCAUCCAACUCGACAGCAGUGCCAGCCCCGUCCUCACCCAGGCCCCCCAGGCCCACUUUUGCUCCCAGCUCUCCUGCGCCCACUGUGAGCCCAAGUCCCAGCAGCACCUUGGCCGCCAGCUCCAGAACGACACCAGACAUCAGCACCAGCACUGCAGCCGGCAGCUCAGCACAGCCCCCUGCAAAACUCAACCCCGGCCUGGUUGUGGUCAUCUGCCUCUUUGUCUGCGUGCUGGUGGGGGGAGCAGCGGUGCUGCUGGUGUGGCUGUGCCGGCGUGGGACCCCCCGCUUCCACCACCUGGAUGAGGUGUCCAUGAGCAAUGUGACAGAGGGGUCCCCUGUCACCCACUACCCACCCAGAUAACCCCCCACCCUGCGGCUCCCCGGGCUGCCCACGUUGCUGAAUAAAGAAGCUGCUUCC